AUGGCCUUUUCAGGUCACCAGCCGCACAAGCAGCUGCUGUGCGACGCCGUGGACGAACGCGCCCAUUACCUGCCUUCAUCUCAAAAGCCCUUUUGUAUCCACCCUAUCUCAUCCGAACUCAAUGAUGGCUGGCGCGAUGUCAGCUUUCGAGAUCUCGCUGCUGCCGUCAAUUAUAUGGCAUGGUGGAUCGAAAAAAAAAUCGGCCGCACCUCUGGCCGGUCUGAGCCUCUGGCCUAUGUGGGGAUUAAUGAUAUUCGAUACCCAAUUUUCGUUUUGGCAUGCAUGAAGAUUGGAUAUGCUGCUUUCCUUCCAUCACCAAGAAAUUCAGAGCCUGCGUUUCUCCACCUUUUGAAGGAAACUGGAUGCUACAAGUUUGUUUAUUCUCCUGAAAGAUAUAAAGUGGUCCACGACCUUCAACGGGUAAGAAAAAACAUUCAAUCAUGGGAGGUUCCUCCUCUCUGGGAAAUGAUAGGGUAUACAGGGAACGCAUAUCCUUGCGUAAGGGAGUAUAACGACGCGGAAGAUGACACAUCCAUUAUCAUCCAUAGCUCUGGAACUACUGGAUUUCCGAAGCCUGUCAACAUAACGAAUGGCUACUGGAGCGCUAUGUGCAAUCUUUUUUCCUUACCAGUACCUCCUGGAAGACAACGUGGUGGGAUGGUCAAAAUAGAUCCUAAUCGAAUUUUCUUUGGUCUUGCGCCAUUCUUCCACCAAAUGGGAAAUUACUUAGUUGUAAUGUCCAUCUGUUAUAACACCCCUUUUGUUCUGAGCCCCCCAGAAAAGCCUUUGACACUUGAAUUAAUAACUCGCAUUUUGGACGAGAAAAAGCCAACAGUGGGACUCUUACUUCCCUCUGUCAUGGAAGAUCUCUCCUCAACGGAAGAGGGGAAAAAGACGUUGGAACGAUUCAGAACUAUCUUCUUCGGCGGCGCUCCUCUGGCCCAAGCUGUUGGAGAUAAGCUAUCAAAUUUGGAAAUUGCUCUUGGCUCCAGCGAAGAAGCAAUGCUUCCCACUUUGGUAUUCGACACCGGUAGUGGCCCUGACUGGCAGUACUUUGAAUGGAAUCCAUAUUAUGGAAUUGAAAUGCGACCGAUUAGUGACCAGGGAAUGCAUGAGAUGGUUUUGUGUCGUCCAAAGCCUGGCGAUCCGAUAAGCACCCCUAGAAACCGGGACUAUCAUUGUAUUUUCCACACAUUUCCUCAUCUUGAUGAGUAUCACACAAAGGAUGUCUUCCUUCCACACCCAACAAAGCCUAAUCUAUGGCGGUAUCACGGCCGUGUUGAUGACGUGAUUGUGCUCAGCAAUGGAGAGAAAUUCAAUCCUAUCGAGAUGGAAAAAGCUCUUGACGGACAUCCGCUCAUUUCUAGGUCUCUGGUUGUGGGACAAGGUCAAUUCCACUCCGCUGCGAUCAUCGAACCUAACUGGAAAGCUCUUCCGGAUCCAAAAAUUGACAGAGAAUCUUUCAUUGACCUGAUAUGGUCUUCUGUUGAAAAGGCCAAUCAGAUUGCGCCAGCAUAUGGCCGACUGAUGAAAAGCAAGAUCAGGCUAGGUUCUAGGGAAAAGCCGUUUAAAAGCACGCCAAAGGGAUCGAUACAGCGUAAUGCCACAAUCGCUGAUUAUAAGCAAGAGAUUCAAGAUCUUUAUACAGAUACUUCAGAGGAGAGUUCUUAUACAAUUCCUCAUGAUCCGACGUUAGAGAAUGUAUUAGAAAUUGUUGAAUCAAUGCUGGCGACUGUACUGUCCGUUGGACGCGUACCGGAGAAUGCUGAUAUCUUUGCUCUGGGACUAGACUCGCUUCAAACACUCCAGCUUAGCAGGAAUUUGGUUGGUGCUGUUCGCUCUGUGAGGCCCGAUCUAGAUGUCAAUGCAGUAUUGUCUACACAAAAGAUUUAUUUGUACCCAUCGGUCACUCAGCUUUCUCAAUACGUUUACAGUGUGAUACAUGAAAAAAAUACUGAUGAGCAAUUGGAUGCUAAUAAUGAGUCUGACUCACAACGAAAAUCGAGGCUAUCCGAUCUCGUUACAAAAUACACCAAAGAUUUGCCUCGGAGUCAAGUCACAGGAUUACACAGAGAAACUAGCAGCUCUGUCAUCCUCACAGGAUCUACAGGCUCUCUUGGAAACUAUAUUCUCAGCGAGCUUCUCAAAGAUCCAAAUGUUUCCAAGGUUUAUUGCCUCAAUCGAUCGGCGGAUGCUGAAGCCAGACAGGUUGUAAGUUUUGAGGAGAAAGGAUUACUAUCGGGGUUUUCGUCCAGAGUUGAAUUCCACACAGUGCAAUUUGGCGCAGAGAAAUUCGGACUUUCCCCGGAGAUUUACGAUAAGCUGAAAAACUCGGUUGACGUCGUUAUCCAUAAUGCCUGGAAAGUCAACUUCAACCACCGAGUUGAGACAUUUGAAAAUACCCACAUUGAUGGUGUUCGUCAAUUAGUUGAAUAUAGCUUUGAAAGUCCUUGUCACCCCCAUAUCCAUUUCAUAUCCUCAAUCGGCACGAUCGGGAAUGCUCUAGCAUCUCCACCUGCCGAGGUUCCCAUGAAGGAAUCAAUCACGGUACUUCGGCAAGGAUAUGCAGAAUCUAAGUAUGUGGCUGAGCGUAUUUGUGAUGUUGCUUCAGAAAGACUGGGUAUCCCAACAACGAUUCAUCGAGUAGGGCAAAUUGCAGGACCGACAACUGAAAAGGGGGUUUGGAAUAAACAGGAGUGGCUUCCUUCUCUAGUUGCAACUUCGAAGACUCUUCAUAAGGUUCCAAGAGAUUUGGGGAGUAUGUCAGUGAGCUGGAUUCCAGUGGACUCUCUUGCAAAAAUUAUUGUGGAAAUCACACGAUCAAGAAAGAAAACAGAAAUCGAUGUGCGCUGCGCAGCUUUUCACCUUAUUAACCCAUCAAAUACGGAGUGGGAGACUCUGCUCCCGGCUAUGCAGAAAUAUUAUUCAGUCGAGCCUAUUAGCCUUGCAGACUGGGUCAAAGAGCUCGAAGUGUAUAGCAACCCAAUGAAAGCCGACAUUGAGGAUAAGCCAUCUUUAAAAAUACUCGACUUCUAUAGAAACCUUAAUACUAGCCACGGAGGCUACAUCGCCGAAACUACCAAGGCUGAGGCAGCAAGCGAAACAAUGAGGAAUUUACAGCCGAUUAAUAAGGAUUUGAUGGAUAACUGGUUGAAGCAGUGGGGAUUUUAA